UCGCGCAGAAAGAGGAGCUGCAAGAUGGCGCAAGCAAUAUUUGAAGUGCUUGAAGGCAUGGACAACCAGACAGUGCUGGCGGUCCAGUCUCUGCUGGACGGCCAAGGUGGAGUCCCUGACCCGAACAAUCAGAACGUCUCUGGGGCGUCCGCUAUACAGUCGAUGGACGAUGAGGACGUGUUCCUGUGUGGGAAGUGUAAGAAACAGUUCAACUCUCUGCCAGCCUUCAUGACACACAAGAGGGAGCAGUGCCAGUCCGGAGUCCCCUCCCUGUCCACGGUGUCCUUGGCCUCCACCAACGCCUACACACCGGUCCCCUCAAUCAGCUCUGGACCACAGACUCCUGCCAACAGACAGGUAUCCACCUACAUCACAGUGCCCCCCUCCCCUCUGACACACACGCUGGUCCAGGGCAACGUGCUGGUCAGUGACGAUGUCCUUAUGUCGGCUAUAUCCGCCUUCACCUCCAUCGACCAGCCUAUGGCUGCCAUGCAAACGUCUAUACAGAGUAACCUGAGCAUGCACACAGCUGGUGUAUCUUACCUGCAGCAUCACCACCACCACCACCACCACCAUCAUCACCAUCCCCAACAACAGCAACAACAGCAGCAGCAGCAGCAGCAGCAGCAGCAGCAGCAGCAGUCCUCCCAACCCCUGCCCUCCAGCCAAACAUCGACCCACCCCCUGCCGGCCGGACAGCCCGUCCAGCAGCCGCUCUCCUCGCAGGUCCCAUCAAGCCACAGCAACUCAGUGGUCCAGGUGUACAGCGCACUGCCCCAUAUGGCCGGGGGCGGUGGCGCAGAGAUCCACACCUUGGGUCUGCAGCCUUUUCAUCCUGUUCAAGUGCCAAGUCAGUGCGUGGAGAGCCAGUCGUACACAACCCCUCCUGUCUACAGCCCCGGGAAACAGGGCGCCAAAACAAAGACCUGCAGCAUCACCACCAACCUGGACUUGGACGACUUCGAAAAGGUCAUCAUCCCCAAACGAUCAAGGAGCAGCAAAAAAAGUUCAGAUGGAGCUGCAGCAGAGCAGCUUAAAGGAAAAGUUCCAAAGCUGAAGUGUAAUUUCUGCGACAAAAUCUUCUCGAAAAACUUCGAUCUUCAGCAGCACAUUAGAAGUCACACAGGAGAGAAACCGUUUCAGUGCAUCGUCUGCGGCCGAGCUUUUGCCCAAAAGUCCAACGUGAAGAAACACAUGCAGACACACAAGGUGUGGCCGAUGGGCGCGGCCAGCACGGUGUCCAGAUUACCAAUCACAGUCAAACUGGUACCAGUGCCAUCCAAUGAGGAGGAGGAGGGCGGGGAGCAGCAGCAAGGUGAACCGGAGGAGGAGGGGUUACAGCAGCAGAACUGUCAAACACAAACAGAAGAAGAGGUAGUUCACACAGAAGCUCCAGUGGAGUUGGAGGAGAGUGCGGCUGAGGCUCCAGCUGAUCCGGAGUGCGGCCGAGGGGAGGCCACGCAGAACGGGCAUCCCCAGGUUCAGAUGCAGUCAAACCAGGACCAGCAGUGCCAAGCUCAGACCAAGCAAAUCGUUGUCAUAGACAGCUCCUACCAGUGCCAGUUCUGCGCCAGCAAGUUUCAGACCUACUUCCAGCUCAAGUCUCACCUGACCCAGCACAAAGGGGAGCAGGUUUACAAGUGUGUGUUGAAGUCCUGCUCCCAGACCUUCCAGAAGCUGGAUCAGUUCCUGGAGCACAUCAGGACGCACCAGGAGCAGCUGACCUACCGCUGCCACCUCUGCAGCAAGGUGUUCCCCUCGCUGUUCGAACUGGGAGUCCACCAGUACUCCCACUGCUUCUGCCCGCAACAGAGCACACGCAAGGAAACCAGCAUCUACAGAUGUGUCAAGUGUCAAAGCAGAUAUUCUACCCAGGAGGCACUGGAACAACAUCUACUGACUGCCUCGCACAACUUUCCCUGCCCACACUGUCAAAAGGUUUUCCCGUGCGAGAGGUACUUCAGACGCCACCUCCCCACUCAUGGCAUUGGUGGGAGGUUCAAGUGUCAGAUCUGCAAGAAGGCCUUCAAGACAGAGCACUACCUCAAACUGCACACACGCAUUCACUCAGGUGAAAAGCCAUACAAAUGCUCCCUCUGUGAGGCGACGUUCAACAGGAAGGACAAAGUGAAGAGACACAUGCUCAUCCAUGAACCCUUCAAGAAAUACAAGUGUCCCUUUAGGACACAUGUGGGCUGCACCAAAGAGUUCAACAGGCCAGACAAACUCAAAGCCCACAUUCUGUCACAUUCUGGUAUCAAACCCUACAAGUGUCUUUUCUGUCAGAAGGCGUUCAGCCGCAGGGCCCACAUGCUGGAGCAUCAGCAGUCCCACACAGAUAACUACCGCUUCAGGUGCUCCACCUGCAACAAGGGCUUCACCAGACAGAGCUACUACAGGGAUCACAAAUGUCCCGCAGCAGGGAACGGGACGGGAACGGAAGGAGGGACCGGAGAGGCGGAGGGAGACGAGGUGCCAAUGGAAGAGGAGAAGGAUGGAGAGGACGACGGGAGAAGAAGCAGGUUCUUGAGAAUAGAAAACAUGUCCGGCGGCGAUGACGGAGAGGAUGACGACAGCUCAAAGGGCAGCCAAGAGCAGGUGGAAACACAAGAGCAGGAGGAGGAGGAGGAGGAGGAAGAGGAAGAGGAGGAGGAGGAGGGAGAUGGGGGGAGGACUGACGAGGGUUGUCAGGCUGCAAUGACUAUCAGCAUUAUUGAAGGACAGGAGGAGGAGGAGGAGGAGGAUGACGGGAUGGAACAUGUUGCCGUGGCGCUGGAUCAGAUUCAGAGCAAUGAGCAGAACUGUUUACAGCAGCAAUGUUUGUAGUUUUAAGCUUGAUCUUAGUUGGAACGUAUCCUGGACCAAACAAAAACUAAACUAGCCAUUUAUUUUUUUAAAGGGAAAUUAUUAUUUGUUUUAUAUUAAAACGUUAAAUUAUACGCACUGCUUUUACUUUUUUUUUUUUUUUAAAUUGUAAAGUAAGUAUGCCUACAGUAUUUUACCUGGUAGAUCUAUAUUGCCAAAAUAACCAGUGGAACAUUUCCAUGUACUUGUGUACAAAUAUUGUGCAAUUAAGCCACAGUGGUUUCUUUAAAAUGUCAUAAUGUCAAAAGCAAUGAAAACAUUUUCUUUCAUUUGAUGUUGAAAAAAGGAAAUUAUUCAAGUUUACCCGUGUUGUCUCAAAGUAUAUUUGUGUCCAUAUAA